CUUUACCACCACUUUCACCCAAACACAAACGCCUCUCGAAAAAUCAUCACAAUGCAGUCGAAUUUACGUCUCCAAUUCCUCUCCGUUUCUCUCCUCCUCCUUCCUCUCAUCUGUGCAGGCCUUGGAGGAUGGCAGCCAAUAAAGAAUCUGAAUGACCCGCACCUGUUGGAGAUUGCCAGGUUUGCAGUGUCUGAGUUCAACAAGCAAUCUAAAAUGAAUCUGACGCUGGAUGGCAUCCUCAAGGGAGAAAAACAGAUCGUUUCAGGAGUCAAUUACCGGUUGAAUUUGGCCGUGGAAGAUGGCUCACAAAGGAAGCUGUACGAGGCUAUCGUUUGGGAGAAGGACGGGGAGAGCUUUAAGAAACUCAUCUCAUUUAAACCUAUUGAUGAUUAGAGUUUUAUUUUACUAAAAAUAAUUAAUAAAUGUUUGAAUCUGUUUGGUAUUGAAUGAUCCAAAAAUAAUUUCAAUUCCAUUCUUCAGUUGAGAAUUUUCAUUGUUUUUUUCUAACCACUCAUUACUUCAUGUGUAUUAAAUUAUCUCUAGUUGA